AUGCAAAACUUGCCUGUAUUGCGAGCUGGUGAACUAACAGGGUUUGUGCACAACAGUGCUGCUUAUGAGCUAAAUGUUGUUCAACAACCAAACGAUGGCCGUGCUCUGUCGUCUCCAAAGCGUAAUGCCAGGGGCGCCGUCAAAUGGCCACUCGAUCCUCCUUGCGUUGUAGAGCUGUUUCUACGUGACGGGGAUCAAUCCAGGUCCUACCUCCAUAGUCCCUACUGGUUCUGUACCAGCGAAAUUGAAGCCGUCAACAACGAAGCGCUCGAGUCCGACACCCUUUCCGGCGCCCUGACAUCAUCCCUCCAUAAGGUCAAGAUGCAUGACAGCAGAGAUCAUGGUUUCUUUGUCUUCGGUGACCUCUACGUCAAGUACCCCGGUGUAUUCCGCCUCAAAUUUACGGUUUUUGAGAUGCGUCAAGGGUGA